UCGUCUGAUUAAGGGGCCCUGAACCAAGGAGCGGCGGAGUUUGAGAAGCCAGCAGCUCGGGGUUCGGCGGCAGCGGCCCCAUCGGCCGAAGUUGGGGGGGGUGGGGCGCCAAGCGCGCGGGGUGGGGGGGGUCCUGGUCUUUGGCUUCUCGACUCGGUCCUGUUUCGACAGCGAACAUGUCUCGGCCUGUCAGAAAUAGGAAGGUCGUUGAUUAUUCACAAUUUCAGGAAUCUGAUGAUGCUGAUGAAGAUUAUGGAAGAGAUUCGGGCCCUCCGGCUAAGAAAAUUCGAUCAUCUCCCCGAGAAGCUAAAAAUAAGAGGCGAUCUGGAAAGAAUUCACAGGAAGAUAGUGAGGACUCAGAAGAAAAAGAUGUGAAGACCAAGAAGGAUGAUUCUCACUCAGCAGAGGACAGUGAAGAUGAAAAAGAAGAUCAUAAAAAUGUGCGCCAGCAACGGCAGGCAGCCUCUAAAGCGGCCUCUAAACAGAGGGAGAUGCUCAUGGAAGAUGUGGGCAGUGAGGAGGAACAAGAAGAAGAGGAUGAGGUGCCAUUCCAGGAGAAAGAUUCCGGCAGUGAUGAGGAUUUCCUAAUGGAAGACGAUGAUGAUAGUGACUAUGGCAGUUCAAAAAAGAAAAACAAAAAGAUGGUUAAGAAGUCCAAACCUGAGAGAAAAGAAAAGAAAAUGCCCAAACCCAGGCUAAAGGCCACAGUGACGCCAAGCCCUGUGAAAGGCAAAGGGAAAGUGGGUCGCCCCACAGCUUCAAAGGCAUCAAAGGAAAAGACUCCUUCUCCCAAAGAAGAAGAUGAGGAACCAGAAAGCCCUCCUGAAAAGAAAACAUCUGCAAGCCCUCCACCUGAGAAAUCUGGGGAUGAAGGGUCUGAAGAUGAAGCCCAGUCUGGGGAGGAUUAAAAGUGAUGAUGGUUUGGGGAGAGAUUUUAUUAAAAAAAGAGAAAAAAAAAAAGAAAAAAGAAAAAAAGAGGGAAAAAAAAAAGAAAACCUACUUAAGAUAGAAUAUGGUUUUGGCUAUGGCUUGACUCAUGGGCUUUCAAUGCUUUUUUUUUUUUCCUUUUGUUGAAAAUAACAUUUUCUUCUUUUUCUUUCCUUCUUUUUUUUUUUUUUUUUAAAGGAAACCAUUGUAUGUUUAAUUUACCUUUUUUGUCUAUGGGUCUCUGUCACGACCCCCUCUUCUCCCUCCCCCUCUUUCCCAAUGAAAGCCAUGUUAAAUUAAUCACUGGAUUGACUGCUUCAUCUUUUUAUUUUUAAUGGAGGAUAUGCCACAGUUGUAAAGCAAUAAGAUUUGAGGUGAACACUAUGGAAAUUUUGCUUUUUGCUAAAUGGUAGCAAGUUAAACAGUAAUCAAAAACAUAGAAGGUUUUAGUUAAAAGUGAUUGUUUCUUUCUCUACCUGAACUUUUUAAAAAAACCAGUUGUCAUCUAAUACAAGUUUAUAUUCUAUAUACAAAAAUAUGGGUGUCUAGAAAAAUCAUGAGUUUAAACUUCCACUUAUGGGGCAGGUAGGAGAUAAAGAUGAAUUCUGAAUUGUUACUAAAAGUAUUCAUGUUUUUUUAUCCUGGGGCAGCACAGGGAAUUGAGGUUACCUGACCUUGUUUGAGGGUGUGGGUUUUUUUUUUUUUUUUUUUUUAAUUUCAUCACUUGUUAUCUCUAAGAGACUCGGAGCCAGUGAUCCUUUAUCCUGCUACAGUCUUUAAGGAACUUUAAAAAAAAAGCAAGGGCCGCCAAAACUUAAAUCUUUCUUGAUUUUCUAUUUCAUUCUCUAAUGGUUCAUGUUUUAAAAUAUAUAUAUGUAUCUGUUCUGUUUCUUGGAUAAAAUUUUACCAAGGAUCAAAAGAAGAAACCCUAAAAUUUAAAUGGGGAGAUCUAUAUAUCACAGUGGAUUUCUUCUCAAACUGACAAUGUUUAGGUUUUGAGCAAAUAAAGUACCAGUUAAUGUGAAACUCAAUCACAAAGACUUGACAUUUUUGCUUUAUGAAAACAGAGAAUUGAAAUUCUUGUAUGCCAUAAAUGUGCAUUCAGAUCCCAUGAACCAUGCUCUGUUUUUAUCUGGGGAUAGAGUGUUUUCCUUUCAUACCCCUGUCUUCCCAUUUCUUCGUACAAACAUGGUAUGAAGUCAUCUCUUGGAUCCCUGCUAGUACAUAGGACACUAUUGCACAGCCCCACCACUAAUGUCUACCAGCCCUGCUCUAGGACAUGAGUUCUCCUGGCUCUGUUCUUCACUUACUUUACAUCCUGUGCUUGAUGGGAGUAUGUUAAGUGCUGCUCCAACACUAUUCAGUUAGCAGUUAUCUUUUUACCGGUGCCCUUGCUCACUGCUCAUGUUGCUUAAAGCAGGAGUUUAAGGGGCUCUGAGGGGCUGGAGGAACCAUGCAUUCAGGAGGUCUGUGUGUAGUUGAUAACAGCCUUGUUACAUGCCUUAUGAAGGCAGUCAUAAGACAGAUCUGUAGGUUUGCUCCUCCACAUUCUGGUACCAUGAGCUAAUGGGAAUAAGGUUUAGGGGGUCUUAGUGUGCUAAUAAGUUGAAAAAUUAGUGAAAUUUAACCUCUGCCUUUUUAUCUAGAUUUGCUUUCUCAAUAUUUACGUACAGUUUUCUUUUACCUAUUGAGUUACAGCAUAUUUUUCUCUCAUACAACCUGGUUCUUACAGAUGUUCAUAGAACAAAGGUUAUUUAAGGAAUAUUUUUACUCUGAUUUUUAAGACAGUGUAAGGAAUAUCCUUACUCUGUGAUUUUUUUUUUUUUUUU